AUGAAGAUUCAAUUGAAUGCCGCGACGGAAGACGACGAUAACAUGGAGGAGACAAUACCAACUACAUCGUCGAGCUUAUUGCAUGCUGUACGUAUGUCUUCUUUGCUAUCACAUGAUGUAAAUAUGCAUGAAGAUGAUACACCAUCGGCAUCGCACUCUGGUCUUUCAAGCCUGAUGAACUCCCCUUUAAUGAGCAACCAGGAGGAUGAAAUCGUACUUAGUCAGGAAUCUGAAAUUGUUGAAAAUGAACUUGAUUUUGAUACUGAAAAUGUGGAAAUGGAGGAAAAAGAAGAGCAGAAAGUGUCGAAAUUAUCGAAACUACAGACGACGGAGCUCGUGAGACUGCAGAAGGAGUUGUAUGCAGCAUUGAUGAAGCUCUGGACAGAGACAGGACCAGCUCCAAAACGACAGAAAAAAGGAAAACAGAGUCGAAAAGCUCGUGCUGCUGCUGUUAAUACGAGCAAUGCAGCGGAGAUGGAAGUAUAUCGAGUACUGGACCAGUUGCAAGACACUGUGAGCAUACAAUUUGCUCAGAAGGAUGUUCUUCGUGACGUUGUAAAGCUUUGUCUAUUUUUUUGUGAGCUUUUGGAUGAGAAAGAGCCAAUUCAGAGCUUGGUUGUGCUGAAAACUGACGAGAAGAAAAAGGAUGCAGUGGAUCUGGGCAAAACGGUGAGCAAGUUGUUGAUCCAACCACUUUAUGGACAAUUCGUGGCAGUUCUAAGACGUGCGGUGAUUUGUGAAGGUGAGACACGGGAGAAAGUGCUGUUGACUCAAGUGCUUGACUGGUGUCUGGCUCGACCAAAGCCAUCGAAUUGGACGUGGAUGUUUGUGUCAAUUGCAGAAAUGAAUUCGUACUGCGUCCAGGAGUUUUUGCUCCGUGAAGCAAUUUUGAGGUAUCAAGAUACUGUGAAAAGUGGUGAUCAAGUGCAACAUUUUCUCCCGGUUUUGGAGAAUUUGACCGAAAAGUAUCCGGCUAAUAUGGUGGAUAUUCUCCGUGAUGUGUUGGAAGAAUGUGCAUCUAGCAACAAAGGAUCGGCCGCGACAAUUAAGCGGCUCGUCGCGAUAGCAAGUGAUUCUGCUGUUCUUGUUGCAGCGUGUGACGAUAACCUUCAGUGGAUUGUCACCGAAGAAUUUGUAACUACUCUUGCUAGCAAGUUUGGGGAAGAAGAAAAUGUGAAUAUGCACACAGAUGGAAUGGACACGAUGCUGCUAGAUUUUGUCUGCAAACGAAGCGCAGAGCUGUCAAAUUCGGGCUUUCAGAUGCUACUGCUGCUACAAAAUCUGUCUGCAUUGGACUCAUCGCCGCGACUUGCAGCUUCUGUGGCCUCGUUUCAGCAGCAGCUACGUGAGGUUGCUGGAUCAGAGCCUUUGCAUCCCUUUGUGAAAGGGAUCUACCGGUUCCUCCCUUACAUCUGCCAAAGCACUCUUCGACUGCUCCGAACAAUGACCUCAAUUGAUAAAACAUCUGAUUUUAGUAUGACAUUUUCAAGUACUGAUAAAGUGAUGUCUAGAGAGACAGCUAGCCGGCGUUAUGAAGAGUGGAAACAAUGGUUGUAUAUCUUGGCACAGUCGAUUUCUCGAAAAGAAGUGACGGAAUUGCUUAUAAAGACCGAUUUAAUGCUGGCGGAACUGAACGACGUACCUCUUGCAUUACCGCUUACCACAGCCCAACCUGCAGAUCGUGCAUUUUGUGAACUGCUGACGUCUUUGCUGGUACCUGGGUCGCCUGAAUAUGUCAAUUUUGUGCGCAGUAUCAUGCAUGAAUGCCAGUCUGCUGCCCCAAAAGCUCAACGGCGCGUUCUUGGUAUUGUCCAAAUCUUGCUCAACUUUAAUGAGGACGAAGGCCGAAUCGUUGCUAAUAGAGGCUUUCCAGUCAACUUGUCCGCAGAACAAGAGAUGUCUUGCAUGCAGCAGCUUGCUCAAGCAGAGAAUUGGAGUGAAACCUUGGAUUCAUUUGAUUUGUGGAAAGGUGUACGCGGAGUGGAGUUCUGGGAGAGUUUUUUGGGUUUGACGCGCUCAAAAGACUCACUAGUUGCUUCACGUGCACUCUCACUUGUGUCCCGAAUACCGUUUUUAUCCCUUGAAGACCCAGUUUGGCAGUAUCGAUGUGUGCAGAAACUGUCGGGCGUCUUUUUCUCGACAUUGAGGCAAUAUCGGUCGGAACUUGUUAUGCAGGGAGAAAAAACCUCCAGUGAAAGGCAUUUAUCGCACGAUUGUGCUCUGCAGAGUCGCCUACAUACCUUUAAGAUGAUCAUAUUUCGCGUUUUAUCGCUGGAUGGAGGUGUCGCUCACUAUCAAUCCUCUAUUUACAGCAUGUUUGCGUCGUUGUGGUUGGAUGCACUGCUGUGCAAUACAUCUGCAACCAGUAUCCCCACGCAUUUCCCCAGUAGUACGAAUCUUGCCGAUUUGGAAACACACGAUGAUGAUGGUCUGCUUGACGAUCGCCAGAUCAUACGAUGUGAGCGGACGAUUAGCUCCAAGUGCACAAAUUUGCAGUCAUCACAAGUAAUAACGAAAGUUGCCGAUGCAAAGCUGGUGUAUCGGAAAACGCUGGACUUGUCUUGGGAACGUGAGAUGCAUGCGGCUUGUGUGUGUGGCGUGUAUGCGACAGACCUGUUCUCUCAGCUCCUUGCUUCCACGGGCGCCGCUGUAAGCCUACUGACUGAUGCUGAUAUUAAGGAUAAAUCUAUGUCAAACACGGAAAUGGACGAGCAGUUUGAGUGGAGACUGAAGACAGUGGUAGAUAUGCUUCUGGAGCGUAUGAUUCCAUGCUGCGGUAUCCCGAGUGACGAUGUGUACAAGGACAUGCUGCCAAAUCGCUCGAGCUUUGAUGUUGACUUGCGCGUAGAGCAGUGGUUGAAUCACUAUCCUGCAUUUCUUCCAUUGCUACGUUCCGUGGUGUCAUGUUCGACUGUAUUGGGUUCUUCCCAGUUGCUACGUCUUGUGCCUGUCUUCAAAUCGGCAUUGAUUGUUUUAUUGGGUCACUGGAACAGUGUGAAAGGCGAGCUGAGCGUCGAAAAUGUUGAUGUGCCACCUUACAUGCGCAAUCAGAACCAGUUGGCAAUCACGUGUGAGUUGAUGCGGCUCCUGCGUGCAACAAAUUGGUUGCCUGUGCCAUUAGGCAAGACAGCCGAGUUGCUUCCAUUGACUACACCUGCCGAUAUUCGCUCAAUUCUCUUUAGUUGUUGGUUCUACCUAUCCGAUCAUCCACCAAAGACUGGUUCACGUGCUCCUACACCAGCCACAUCUGCAACGACAUCUCCCAUCUCGUCCGGGUCUUCUCCAGUUGGUUUUCGUAUUGCUGGAUUGUCCACUGGUGGUUUUCCGUCCACUUCCAGUCAUCCACCUCUUGAGUUUUAUCUCAUUCCAUUGCGUAAAGCUUUACAUCGCAAUAUUCGCAAAAUUGGUGUCAAGUAUCCGCUCUUCUCGUGCUGA